ACAAUACAUACUGGGCUUCCCAGCCACCGCCCAGGCGGCCCACCACUCACAGCUUCUUUAUUCCAAGACACCACCACCGUCCUCUUCCCACCCGCCCACCAUCGCUCACGCCCUCCAGGUCAGCAUGAGCACCGCCUGGAUGCCCCCGCCGGGGCGGCACUCCGUCCAGAUCGGCCAGUCGCUCGGCCGCGCACUCAAAGCACGCAGGGGCGAGCCAGCCCACCAGAAGAGCAGCAAGAUACCUGACAAGGAGUUCUACUCCUUCCGCUAUAACUUCAAGCCCGAGGCCGUCGAUCCGACGAAGGUGGGCUCGAUCGAGACGCGGAAAGAGGGAGAUGUCAAUAAGUAUGUCAUAGAAAAGGGCAGCGAGAGGCUAGACGAAGGAUACCUCUUUACCGCGACCGGAGCGGAGCCCGUGAAAGAAUGGGACUGCAUCUUGAUCUACGACGAGGAAACAGGUCGGUACACACUCGAGAAGGUAGACACGUAUCUACGACUCAACUUCGACCGCAAGACCCACGCGCCACGGCACGCACCUUCGCCCGCCGCAUCGACAGGCCCAGGUACACCUUCCACACCGUCUCACAUAGCCCCGCCACCACGCCCGGGGCCUUCCAAGCCCUUCGCACCCCCCCGCAAAUUACAGAAUGAUGUCGACCUCGACCUCGAGAACGAGCUUCUCGCUGGGCUCGACGACGCCGACGGCUCGCCCGACGAGGACAUCCCGCUCGCCGCCACAACCAAGGCCAAGAAUGCCGCUAUGGCCGCGCCGCCGGCUAAGCCCACUAGGCCCGCAAAGGCCAAAGCACCUGCCAAGCCCGUGGCAAGGAAGGAAGAGGAAGAGGAGAGCGACGGUGAGAUCCUGGAGGCGGUCGAAGCUGCGUCAAAACAAAAGCAGAAGGCAAGGCCGGAACCUGUCUCUGCGCCGCCGCCUGCCUCGAAGACGAAGCCUGCCCCGGUUCGACGCCCAGGGAACAACCUGCCUGUCAGGCCCGUCGCGGCAGCAGAGCCGUCGGUACCCAAGCCAAAAGCACCCCCGGCCUUCCAGGCCAAAACGAAAGUGGCCGCGAGCGCAGGCAAGAAACGGCCCCUCGACGUCGAGGAGAUUGACUUCGCACGCCCCACGCAGCCCGCGAAACGCCCACGGCCGUCGUCCCCACCUCCACAGGCGAUGCCCAAGCAGAAGGAGAGGGAACGGUCGAGCUUCUCGCUUGCCCUGCCCACUCCGGCGCCGGCGCCGAAGCAGGCAGAGCCGCCGACCCCGCUCUCGUUCCCGGGCUCCUCUGCGCCCGUCAUGCUCCCCGGCGCCGCUCCCUCUGCGGCAGCCCCCGUCGCAGCAGUCUCAUUAGACUCUGACGAUGACUGGAUCGAGGUCAAGCCAGCCGCGUCCGCGCCCACGCCCGCGGUUGCACCUCCUCCGCCUGCGCCCCUGCGCGUCAUCGAGAUGGAGGAGAUCGUGCCGACGUCGUCCCCGCGCCGGCCGUCCCCGCCGCUCGCGCUCCCGCUGGACGAGGACGACGAGGACGAUUUCGAUAUGGAGGAGGUCGCGGUCGAGCCGUUCCAGGGCGGGGACACGCCGUUCCAGGGCGAGGACGCGGAGGAGGAGGACGACUUCCUUGCCGACGUGCUCAACGAUGUCCAAGAGACGGUGGGGCUCCCAGAGCCGGAUGGGGAUGCGGGCAAUGAGGGGUUGUUUGGAGAAGAGGAUGAGUUUUCGAGUAGUGAGGAGAGCGAUGAUGAUUAGCUAUGGGGCGCGUAGCAGGCUUGCUCGAGGUGGUAGGGGCAGGGACGGGAACUAGGUCGAGAUUGAGCAGCAAUCUGGGACCGGACUCUUGGGUUAGAGACACUUUGUCAUUCAGACUGAGGCAUCUGUACUAUACAUUCGGCAUUAAAUUAUUGUAAGACGCUGUUGCGCUACCU